AUGAAUAGAGCUUAAACAGCUGGUGAAGGAUUUAGAUAGAAGAAGACAAUGUCAUCAACAGGUUUAAAAUUUCGACCUAGUACAUAAUAAAUAAAUAGGGAUGUACACUAUAAAGAUUCAUUGUCAAAUAACGAGGUUAUUGAAAUUAAUCCAGAUCAUUUAAUGUAAAUAGUGGUUUUAUAAAGUUGUAACUUAGAUUUUACAAUAUUCGCAAACAGAUUCCUUAAUAAAAGCAGGUGAUUGUCCGUAACCUUACAAAAAUACCAAGAAGAAUAAGGAUUACUCAACCAACAACUGCUCGAUUCAGAGUAGACUAUGACAUGCAAGGGUCAUUAGCAGCAGGUUUAUCUAUGAUAUUAGUGGUGUAUUUUGAAUGUACAGUAGUAGAGGAUUAUCAUGAUGUUUUUGUAAUCACAUCAGAAGAUGGCUUUAAAUUUAAUGUAAAAUUAUCAGCAUUAAAACCACAACCAUUCAUUAGAUUUGAUACAUUUCUAGAUUUAGGAUAUUGUUAAAUUAAUAAAGUAAAAGAAGGUAGGAUUAGAUUUGAAAAUGUACCAAAUGAAGAAGAUGAAAAAAAGAAAAAAAAAAAAGGAGAUAAAGAUAAAGAUAAAGAAAGAGAUUCAGAAAUAGAGAGAGAAUUGACAGCUAAAAUCACUCUAUAAACUCUACACAAUGAUAAACUUAAAUUUGAACCAACAAAUUUUUUUGUCGUAAAACCAGAUGAAACUGUAGAAAUAACAGUUAAAUAUUAAACCAAUUAAGCAAGCAUAUUUAGAUCUAGUAUUCAAGUUGUUAAACAUUGGAAUAAUAGUAUAGAAACAAUUGAAGUCUCUUGCAUUGCUGUUGAUUAUUCAAUAUUUUUUAUAGAUUAAAAUCAAGCAUAGAGUACUACAAUAGAUUUUUAAGAACUUGUUAUGGGAUACCCAAAAUAAUAUUUUGGAUCAUUAGUAAAUAAUACACCAAUAAGAUAAAAUUGGAAGGUAUUAAUAAAGAAGGGAUUUCAUACUAUGACAUCUUCAGUAGGAGGAUUUUAAACACCUAAUGAAGUUGGAUUAGAAUGGUUAGAAAAAGUAAUUAGAGUAACACCAGAGAAAGGUUCAAUGGAACCAUAUGCAUAGAUGCCUAUUAAAAUUGAAUGUAAAGGUCCAGUAACUGAAGAAGGAAAAAUGAGAUGUGAAAAUUAUGCAUUCUAAGAUAAAUCCAAUGAUAAUUUAAAGUAUGAAGCUCCUAUUGAUUUUGGAUAUUCUUUAUUUUUUGAAUUUUUUGGAGAAAAUAAUGAUGAAACUCUUAUUGUUCAUGCAUAAGGUAAGCAUAUUAGACCACAGGUUAAAGUUAAUAAAUAAGCUUUAGCAUUUGGAGAAUGUUAAGUUAAUGAUACAAGAGAUGCAAUACUUGUUAUAGAAAAUACUCAUAAAAAUUAAACUAUUGAUGUUACUUUUAGUAAAGCCCCAUAAUUUUUAGUUUCCCCAUUACAAUACUAAUUAGGACCAUAAAUGAAAAGAUAAUUCAUUGUUACAUUUGCACCUAAAAAUGUUGGUAGAGUUAACUCAUCAUUGAAUGUACUUUUAGUUGAUUCUUAAUAUCCUAUUAAAAUAUAAUUAAGUGGACAUGCUAAUUUCAAUCCUGAAAAAAGACCUGUUACAAGAGGACCAGAAGCUUUACCAAAAGAUUUUGAUUUAGAUAGGUAGUUUGUAGAUGAAAAAUAAUUACAAUAUAUUGAAAUGAGAAGGGUUGAAAUUAAAUCAGAAAUGCAACCAAAAAGAUCAACUAAUUAUGUUGGAUUAUUAUUUGAAGAUGAAAGUGAAUAAAGUUUACAUUAAUAAUAAUAGAGAAUGUAAGGUUUGAGUGAAUAUGAAUAAGAAAGAUAUGCAGAAAAAUUAUAAUAAUUUUAUUAAACAAGAUAAAAUUAAGAUAAAUAUAAUGAGUAUUUAAAAAGUGAAAGAUAAUCAAGGUUAUAGAAAAAAAGAGAUAAAAUUCUGAAUAUGAGAGUUGAAUCAAUGCAAAUGGAGUUGAAAUAAAAGUUUUCAAGUACAGAUGAUGAUAAGCCAAUUGAUAUUGAAUUUAAAUUGGGAAUAAUGGGAAGAGAGACAGACGAAAAUGAUCCAGAAUUACCAGAAUAUUGUGAUGGUUUAUUUGUCACAAAACCUAUAGACAAAUAUGAGCCAUUUACAAAUUAAAAAAAGUUAUUUUAACCAGAUCCAUUAUAACCAAUGCGUAAAGCAUUUCCUUAGGAAGCAUAAACUCAUAAAGAAAAAAGGGAAGUGGCUAUGGAGUUAACAGGAGAAGAAUUAAAAAAGAUAUAGGCUGGUCCUGUAGAAAUUGAUUUUGGGAAUGUAUUUGUAAAAAGUGAGAUAGCGAGAACUUUUCACAUAAAGAAUGAUUUAAGAACUAGUAUAAGUUGUUAAAUAAGUACAGAAAAGCCAGAAUUGGAGAGAUCUUAUACUAAAAUGUAAAUAAUUCCAUCUUCAGAUACAGGUAGAUUUAAGAUAGUACUUAAAUCUGAUAAAUUGGGACCAUUUAAUGAAAGAGUAUCUUAUGUGAUAAAUGGUAAACAUAAAUUUGAAUUUAAUGUUAAAGCAGAAAUUUAGCAUGUAAAGUUAGAAUUAUCAUCAUUAAAAUUUGAUUUUAAUUUUAAAGAGGAAAACAUGGCAUUAGAAACAUUUGAGACAAUAAGAUUACAAAAUAAUGGAAAUGCUACAGCAUAUUUUUAAUGGUAAAUGAGUGAGUAGAAAGUAUUUACAGUAAAUAUAGAGAAAGGUGAGAUUUAAUCAGGAAAGUUUUUGGAUGUUUAAAUAAUAUAUAAACCUUCAAAUUAUAUAAUAAAAGAAGAUAAGCCAUAGCCAAUAUAAGGUAAGACAAAUUAUUAUGUAUAAAUAAAUAAUCAGAUAAGAUUAGAUGAGGAUAAAUUGAUAUUAUAAAUUAAAGAUGGUUUGGAUUAGAUAAUAAAAGUGAUGGGUUAAGUGAGUGAUGCAAGAUGCAAUAUUAAGCAUUCAAUAGUAGAUAUGAAGGAAUUGUUGGUAUGUAAGACUGAAGUAAAAUAUUUUACAAUUCGAAAUGUAUCUAGAGUGAAUGCCUUUUUUUCAAUAUUAACAGAGAAAUUACCAGCUGCUUGUGAUAUAUCUCCAAGUAAUGGAAAGAUAGGACCAGAUGAAACAAAAGAUAUAACAGUUAAGUAUAUGUCAAAAGAAUAAACUGAAAUAAAGACUGAUAUUUAAAUUAUAAUAAGAGGAGGAAGAAUAUUAAAGAUUCCAUUUUAAGUUAAGACAAUUAUACCUGAAGUAGAGAUAGUGUAGGAUUAAUUUGAUUUUGGUAAAUUAACGACAUUAGGAAAUGAAGGUUCAUUGAAAAUGACUUUGUAGAAUAAUUCAUCAAUAUCAGCGGAAUUAUUAUUGAAUUUAGAUAAGGAUUCUCCAGAAGCACCAAAUGGAAUCGAAUGUUUAUAAGUAAUUCCUGUUGAUGAUUUGGAUAAAAGUGUAUUAAAGAGUAUUCAUGAAGAUGAAAAUACAAUAAAAUAAGUUGUAGAUAAGAAAUCAGAAGAAGAUGAACUUGCAUCUGAAGCUAUAUCAUCUGCUGAUGAAGAUGAAUUAGAAUAAAAAAUAAAAUCUAAAUCAUACAUUUUAACUAUUUAAGGAAAUUCUAAAUUAGAAUUUUAUUUAAAGUUUAGUCCAAGAGAUGUACAAACAUAUACAUUUGAUCUUCCAUUAACAUUAAAUAGAUAUGGACGUCUUUUAAGUUUAACAAGAUAGAUAAUUUGUAGAGGCUUAAAACCUAGAUUUGUAAUGGAUCCUUAAUGUGUUGAAUUUCCUAGAAAAAUAAUUACAUCUUUAGAAAAAUGUUUUGCUGCUACUGUAGAGAUAACAUUAAGUAAUCCAGAAAGGAAAGCAGUUUUUUGGAGAAUGGAUGUUACAUCAAUAACAUCAGAUAAGAUAUUUAAUAUUACUCCAAUAGAAGGUAAAAUUGAUUCUGGCUAAACAGUGAAAGUUAAAGCUUCAUUUAAUCCUUAAAAGGCAGAUGAUUAUUAAAAAAAUAUUCCUGUUUAUAUUGAUAGUUAAGAGAGUUGUUAUUUAGAAUUGAUUUUAAAAGGGAAAGCAGCAUAACCUAAAAUUUUAUUUGAUAGAAGAGAAGUAUUGUUGCCUCCAGUUCCGUUAAAUAUUGAAUCGAAAUGUUCAUUUAAAAUAUUAAAUGAUGGAUAUGAAAAUUUAAAUAUUAAACAUAAAGUUUUUGGUGAAGAAGGGAAUAUUAAUGUAAAAUUAAGAUUUCCUGAAGGUUCAAGUGUUGGUAUGUCUAAAAAAAGAUUGAGAGUAGAUGCAUUAUUUUAAUCAUCAAAAUCUGUAUCUUUUACAACAAAGAUAGAAUUUUAUGAUGAAAUGGGAAAAGUAUAUACAAUACCUGUUUCUGGAACAGCAGAUAAUUGCUUACUUACAAGUUUUAGUUAUUAAUAAAGAUGUGCAAGUGAAUUUAAAAUAGAUGAGAAAGUUACUUAAGGUUAAACAACACCAGGUCCAAUUUGUUUAAUGGAUGAUGAUGAUGAUGCUAAUUCUGAUAUAUAAAGUCCACAUAAAAAAGGCGCUCCAAGUGUUAUAAGUUAUAGAUCUUUAAGUUCAAUGAGUAAUCAAACAACUGCAAGUGCUUUAGGAUAUAUUCCUAUUCCAUAAGAUUUAGUUGAAUAGAAUAAAUAGUAUGCAACAAAAUGGUUGAAGUUUUUCUUAUGGAGUGCUAAUAUUCAUGCAUUUCCAGAAGGAGUUAUAGAAUAAGAUGGUUAACCUAUUUUUGAAUUAACUUCUGUUUUAAGUGGAAAAUCAUUACCACUCCCUUGUCAAUCAUAUUUAGAUAAGAAUGCUAAAAAAUAAGAGAGAAUUGCUUAAUUAUUAAAAUAAUAUGAUGAUUUCAUCAGAAUGUUAAAAUCAGAAGGAGCUUUUUUAAAUCAUAUUCGUCCAUAUCAUCUUCUUAGUUUUAGUGAUUUAAAUGCCUCUUUUAAAUUAUUGUCAGAAGAAGAAAAAGAAUAAGUACAUCCUAGUGUUCUCAAAAUUAACUAACAACGAUAUAAUUAUAUAUCAAUAGAUUCUUGGUGUGCAGUUUUUCAUUAGAUUUUAAAAAUUUAUGGAUUAUAGAGAAUUAAUAUUAAAUAUUUUAAAUAAAUUCCAGGUUGGGGAGAUAAAACAUUACCUGAUUACUAUAUAAAUGGAAGUAAUGUUUAUUCUCCUUAAGAAGGAUUAUUAAUGAGAUGGUUAGAAGUUUGUGCUGAAUCUGAAGGACAUUAAUUUCCAAGAUUGAAAUAUUUUGAAUAACUGAAAGAUUGUCAUUAUUUUGCUGCUGCUUUAUAACAUUAUGUAGGACCAUCUUUAACCAAAUAUUUAUCUGGUCUUAAGAUUUGUGAAACUAUUUAAGAUUAUAAACUUAAUUCAAAUAAAGUUUAAGCUGCUUUAAUGGAUAUGAAGUUUUCUAUUCCUUUUGAAUUAGCGAAUUUUGCUGAACCAAGUGGAAGAGAAAUGCUCAUUUUAGUCUUACAUUUAUUUAAUUAAUUACCUAAUUAUUUAAUUAAAGGAACUGAAGUAUUUUCUUGUGUUUUAGGUUAAUCCAUAUCUAGAACUUUAUUAAUUACUAAUAAGAACAAUAGACCAGUAUCUUAUUGGGUUAAAUUAGAAAAGGAAGAAGAUUUCAAAUUAGAAGGAGGUGAUCAUAUUAAAUUAGAACCUAAUUAGCAUUUACAAUAUAAAAUUAAAUUUGUAUCCAGAAUUUCAUAGCCUGUACUUGAUAGAAUUACUUUCAUGCCUAAAAGAGAACAUAAUUUAUUUACUGCUGCUAUUGUUUAUGAUCUUAAAUCAUCAAUAUUAGGAAGAGAAAGUAAAUCAGUAGAAGAAGUUAGUUCUCCUCUUUACGAAAGCAAAGAUUUCUAUCUUCAAAUUUCAAAUGAAUUUACUAAAUCAGAAUUUGGUAAUUUUACUAUUAAAAUGAUAUUUGAAAAGGUUGCUGAUACAAAUAAAAGAAAACCCAUAUAAAAUAAUAAUAAUAAAUCUUAGUAAAUUGAAUAACAGAAAGAAGUGUUUCCAGCAAUAUUUUGUUAAUCUGAAGUUGUCAAAAUGAAAAAAGGAUCAUAAUUAUAAUUAUAAUUAAGAUAUGUUCCUAUGGUUUUCGAAUAAUAGAGAUGUUUUCUAAUAUUCACUGAUCCGAAUGUAGGUGAAUUCCAACAUGAAAUUUUAGCUACUGCUGAAUUACCUGAAAUUUAAUAAGAAAUCAAAUAAUAUUAAGUAUUUGUUGAUUAACCUGCUAUUAUGGAAUAUAUGAUUCUACCAAAAAAUGAACAAAUUUUUAAAGCAAAAGAUUCCAUUCUAAAUUAUACUAGUAAAAAAGCUUUACCUUUACCAGGUGGUGAACCUGAAACUAUUAAUUUUGAUGUUGAAUUAAGUAAUCAUUUCGGAUUUCUAACAGCUCCAAAAUAAUUCACAGUUUAAGAUCUACAAAAAUAAAAAGCCAAUCGAGUACAAAGAGAGAAAUUGGAAAAACAAUAAUAAUUAGAAAAAGAGAAGAUGAUGUAAGCAUUAUAAUAAUAAUAACCAUAAUAAUAAUUAUAAUAAUAAGGUACAAGAUAGAAUACUGAAAUUAAAAAUAUUUCUAUGAUAAGCAAUAUUACAGCUAAUCCAAAUAAUGCUACAACUAAUAUUUCAAUGUUGCCUGAUGUCAAUAAAAUGCCUUUAUAAUUUUUAUUUAAGAAUCCUGUCAAAGAUAUGCCAAUAAUUAUGACUCUUAGAAGCAAUGAUAAAACAGAUGUAAGAAGAUACAAGUUUUUAGUGACUGCUUUACCUAAACCUACAAAAGCUUAAAUGGAAAUGAGAUGUCCAUCUAGAGAAAGCAUAGUUUAAGAUAUUCCUUUUUCAAAUCCUAGUGAUAAAGAUUGGAGUUUCAAAUUCUUAUUAAAUUAGGAAGGUAAUUGUUUUUAAUUGUUAAAUGUUCCUACUGCAUAACCUGAUCAUGGACAUAGUUCUAUAUUUAUAGGAGGAUACAAAGAUUUAGUUUUAAAGAAGAAAACUAAAAUUGAUAUCAAAUUAUAAUUUACACCAAAAUGGAUGUGUAAAAUUGAGGCUCAUUUAUAAAUUACGAAUGUAAAUACUAAUGAUAUUUAUGAUUACUAAAUUACAGGAAUUGGUGAAGAACCUUUAGCAUAAUCAAAUAUUGUAUUAUAAUGUAAAGCUAGAUAAAAAACAAAAACUGAAAUAAUUUUGAAUAAUUAUUCUUAAAAUGAAAUGAAAUAUAAAGUAGAAACUGAUUUAAUUAAUGCAAGUGGAUUAUAGAAUUUUACGAUUGCUCCAUAAAGAAAAUAUCGUUAUGAAUUAUCAGUAAUGCCAAUGUUAAGUGGUUAAUAUAAUGGAUCAAUAACAUUUUAUGAAGAAAGUGGUGAAUACAUUUGGUAUACUGUGGUAUUAGAUACUGAUUCUCCUAUAGCUGAGAAAGAAGUUGAGAUUUCAACUUAAGUAAGGAAACCAGUUAGUUUUGAAAUUGAACUUAGUAAUCCUAUGCCAUUUGAAUAAGCAACAUUUGAAGUUAGAAUAGAAGGUGAUAAUUUACAUGGUAGUAAAACUUUCACUAUUUUACCUUAAAUGAGUUCAAUAUAUGAAUUAUAUUAUCUACCAUUACUUCCAGAGAAGAAAAAAGGAGUUAUAGGAUUUAUACAUCCAAAAUUAGGAGAAAUUUGGUAUAACUUAAGUUUAAUAUCAGAAGAAAGGCAAAGUAUUAGAAUUCCAACUUUAAAAACAGAAUUAGGAAAAGUAGAGGAAUAUGAAAUUUAUUUAGAAAACCCAAUAGAUAAAGAAAUUAAUGUAUAAGUUUAAAUAACAAACCCAGCUAAUUUUGAUGUAUUACCUACUGAUAUAGUAUUAAAACCUCAUUGCGAUACAAGUGUUUAUAUUAGAUUUACUCCAAGUAGUCUUGAUUAAAUUUAGAAUGGUGAAAUAAGAUUCAUUACAUAAGAAAUAGGAAAAUGGGAAUAUUUAGUUUAUGGAGUGGGAAUUCCACCAACAGCAUUUCCAGAAAUGACUGUUACUGUUGGAAUUAAUAAAGAUUAUUCAGAUGUAAUACAUUUUAAAAAUCCCUUCAGAGAUACAAUUCAAGUAUAAAUUAUGAUUGAAUCAGAUGAUGAUGCUUUUUAAUUACUCAUAAAAAAAAAGAAUGAUACUAAAACAACUAUUGCUGGAUUGUAAUAAAUAUAAAUUCCAUUUUCAUUUACACCUAGAAGUAUUAGAUCAUAUAAAUGUGAACUGGUUGUAGCCAUGAAUGAAAAGAUUAAAUGGAGAUAUCCUAUUACUGGACAUACUGAAUCAUUUGCUACUGGUAAAUUUACUUAAUUUAAAACUAAAUGUAGAAUUCCUUUCUUAUAAGAAUUUAAAUUUUAAUUACCAGGAGUUGAUAAAAUUGGAAAAUCUAAUUUUACUUUUUAAAUUAAAAAUGUAUCAGAAGAUGUUAAAAUCUUUAUGGACAAAUUCUUUAAAAUUAAAAUGAUUUAAUCUGCUACUGAUGAUUGUGAUGAAGUUCAUUUUGAUGCUAAUUUUAAUCCAUUAAAACCUUUCAAAGCCAAUUUUGAUUUAAUAAUCAAAAGAGAUAUAGGUGGUGUAUGGAAAUUCCCAAUGAGUCUUGAUGCUACAGAACCUGAUAUUGAUGAUCUAAUUAUUAUUACUAGUCCACUUAAUAAACCUACUAGUGUUUCAUUUAGAAUUACUAAUCGUACUAAACAUUAAGCCACUUUUAGAGCAUACUUUACACCAUCUUCUGAUUAAGAAUUCUCAGUUACUCCUAAAUAUGGAGAACUUUAACCUAAUGGAAGAGAAGGUACUUAAUUCAUUAUUACUUUUACUCCUCUUGAAUAUGGAUAAAUUAGAUCUGGAAAAUUAAUUAUUGAAACUGAUGAUAUGUAUUGGUCUUAUAAAGUCAGAGGAACAUUACCUAAAUAUGAACCACCUAUUGCCUAACCUAAAGUUGAUGCUAAAAUUAUUGCUAAUAAUAGUAGUAAUUUCAAACCAAAGAAUUUCUUAUAAAAUAAUAUAAAGUAUUCUAUUCUUAUUUAUAUCUCUAGACGCAAUCAUUCACCACCUAGUACACAUCAAAAAUCUACUGCUAUUACUAAUCUUAAUUUCAGUAGAAGAACUUUUGGAGCAACACUCACUAGAGAUACCAAAUCUGUUCAAUUAAUGAAGACUUAAAAAUUAGAAUGA